AUGUUAUAUGUUCCUGACUUGUGUUUCCAAAUUUCUAAAUUUGAAAUUUGUGAUAUAAAAUUAUUCAGUGAUCAGCAGGAAUGACAAUGCCAGAAAUUAUUUAGUUUUUGAUCAUAGCAUAAUAUUGUUAUAAAAAAUUUUAUCAAAACAUCAGUAAAAUUAAUUUUUCAUGCUUGAUGUUGAAUGUUAUCCGAUCAUAUUUAAUUAUUGUUAUAGUUGUUAUGUAUUAUACCUAAUAGAAAUGUUUGUAUACCAUAAAUCAUUUUGUUUAUGUAAUUUGGUUGCUAUAGCUAUAUAGAUACCUAAUCUCAGACAUUUGAUUUUUUCUAAAAUUGGUGAAAAUGAGUUCGUAUCUUGAAUAUAAGGUAAAAACUAAUCAAAAUGAUAUAACUACUGGCAUAAGUUAUCACCGACAACUUGGUCUAUUGGCAAUAUUAUCUUAUACUGAAAAUGACGAAGCACAAAUACUUAUUUGUGAUGAAUUAGGUGAGAAUUUGCACAAUUCUGGACCAAAUAUUUGUAAAGGUCGUGUAACUUCGUUUUGCUGGCAUCCCACUCAGCGUACCUUAGCUAUUGGUACAAAUGCUGGAAAAGUAUAUAUAUGGAAUGGCGGAUUAGUAACUGCUUUGGACUCUAUUCAUGAAGAAACUAUUGUAUUUUCUAAAUGGUCAUCACUUGGUGGAUGUUUAGUAACUGGGGACCAGACUGGUAUUAUUAUCGGAUGGAAGUCUGAUAGUCGAGGGUUGCUUAAAAUAUCAUUUAAGUCAAAUAUUGGAGCAAUUUUAUCUACAAAUAUUUCAUUUAGAGCUGGAAAAGCUGCUACAGAUAUUUCUAAUUUAGCCAAAAUGGCAGUAGCUGGUGACCAAAGUGCCUUAGAUAUAUUCAGUUCUUGGCGGCCUCGUACAACUACAUCACAUGGUCCACGGACUGUAACUUCAGACAAUAUAACAUUUUACUGUGCUGCAGUGACUGGAGAAUUAUAUUAUUUUGAUGAAGAUGGAGAAUUCAGCAUUGUUCUUAUACCUAAUUCAAUAAUUCUAAGUAUUCUAUGUCAUGAAUCAAGAGAUGUUUGUAUUUUAGUAUGCAAAGACUUAACUGUAGCCUAUUAUAAAUGUCAUAAAAACGGUUCCUUAAGUGAAGUUUCAAAGGUUAAAUUAAAUGGAUUGAAAGAAGAUAUGUGUAUCAUUUGGGCAGGUCCCACUUUAUUAGCGUGUACAACAAACGAUGUGUCUAUUCGUUUCUGGGAUAUUGAGUCUGGUAAUAGUUAUGUAUUAACUGCACCAAACUCUUAUGCGUCUUCAUUUCCUAAACAAACAUUUGUAAAUAUUUCUUACUCAGUCGAAAAAGGUUUAUUGUGUGGGGCAACAAAUGUUGGAAAUAUUAUUAUUUGGCGUUAUGAUGAAGAAACUGCAGACCAAUGGAAUAUUCAUGGUUCAUGUAAAAUUCCAGAUACUAUAAAAUACUGUGUUUGGAGUCCAUUAAAUUUAGCAGUAUAUGCAAUGAAUGGUAUUUAUAUUUUACAUGAGCAUUCAUUGUUGGCAAGUUAUAAAGAAGAAAUAGCUAUUGUACAGACUUCAGCAAAUGAUCUUAAUGUGUUUUACCCCAGUACAGAUGAAUCAUUUAGUUUUAACACUCAUUUACAAGUUAUAGGUCUCGCUUUGAACAAAGAACAUAUAUGUUUAUGGAAUGGUAAAUUAAUAUCAGUUUAUAAAAUUCAAUCUAAAGAAAUACCAGCAGUAGUUGGAACUUUCAAUUGUGAUGUGCAAGAAGCAUGCAUUUAUGAUAGAAUUGUAAUUGUUGCUGAGAAUUGUGGCAAAUUACAAAUAAGAACAUUUCAGGGUACUAUUAAACAGGCAUUGGAUGUUGAAGCACCAAUAGUUUGCCUCACUUUAAAUACUUGCUAUUUAGCAGCUGUCACAUUAUCUGGAGUUAUUCAUGUCUGGGAUUUAAAUAGAAGAGAAGCAAAACCAAUGUGUAAACCUAAAGAUAUAACAUUAAACAUAGAUGAUUAUGGUGAAGCUAUUCAGUUACGUUUAAACAGUAAUGGUACUAAAGUAUCAUUUACUGCAGCAAACUUAAAUUUAGUACCUAUGCCACGGUUAUAUGUUUGGGAUAGAGAUUCAGAUACAAUACAUGUGAAACAUUUUGAAAAAGGUUUAGACGUUGAUGAAAUACAAUAUAAUGAUACAAGAUUUAUUAUUUCUCAUUAUUGGGAUACAAAUGAGCCAAAUUUAUUAUUUUGUGAAGCUAAAAGUAUUGACAAAUCAGAAAAUCAACUAUCAAGACCAAGUUUAUACACAUUACCAAAUAAACAGAAUAAAAAAAAAAAAAUGAUUGGUUCCUCUGUCAUACUUAGUAUGUUCUUUAUUGAAAAAAAAGGUUUUAAAAUUCAAGAUAUUAUACAUUGUCCUGAUCAAUUUUGUGCAAUAUUAGGACUUGAUGCUCCGUAUUAUAUAACAUUAUGUAAACGCAAUACAACUACGAAAACUCGAGUCAAGCGCAAUCUCAUGAAGGAAUUUGAAGGAAUUCAAGACUGUAAUUCUGAUAUUCGAGCGGCUAUCAUUAAUUUUGGUUAUAAUUUAUGUCUUGGAGACUUAGACCUAGCUUUUAAUUUUAUUACCAACAUUAAGAGUCCUGCUGUCUGGACAAGUUUGGCUAAAAUGUGUGUAAAAACAAAACGUCUAGAUGUAGCUGAAAUAUGUCUGGGUCAUAUGAAUGAUUGUAGAGGAUUAGCUAUUUUACGUUCAAUAAAUACAGAGCCAGAACUGGCUGCGAGAGUAGCUUGUCUUGCUAUGCAUCUAGGAAUGUAUGAUGAAGCUGAAGAACUAUACAAAUGUUGUAAUCGCUAUGAUCUUCUAAAUAAAUUCUAUAGAGCAAGAAAUCAAAUAACAGCCUCUUUAGAUGUGGCUGAAACAAAAGAUCGUAUACAUCUUAGAAAUACAUAUUAUAAUGUAGGUCGUAAUUUGGAAAAUAAAGGUGAUUUAGCUGGGGCUGCUGCUAUGUAUUGCAAGUCAGAAACACAUAGUCUUACUAUACCAAAAAUGUUAUUGGAUGAUCCAGUCACUUUAGAAAAUUACAUAAUCAAAAACAAGAAUAUAGUCUUAUUGAAAUGGUGGGCUCAGUAUUUAGAAGGUAAUGGUGAUAUGGAUGGUGCAAUCAAAUAUUAUCAACAAGCAAAUGAUGAUUUAUCUACAGUCCGCGUUUUCUGUUAUCUUGGUCAUAUGGAGCAAGCUGCUCAGAUUUGUAUGAACACUAACAAUAAAGCUGCCUGCUGUCAUCUUGCUAGGUCAUAUGAAAUGCAAGGACUAUAUGAAGACGCUAUAAAAAUGUACGUUGAUGCUACAGCUUAUGUAAAUGCAAUUCGCUUAUGUAAAGAGCAAUUUUUUGACAACCAUCUUUGGGAUAUUGCUUUAUUAGCAGAUGUAAGAGAAAAACUGUGUGUAGCCCAGUAUUUUGAAGAAAUUUCACCUGAUAAAUCAGUUAUACUAUAUCAUCAAGCAGGUUAUUUACAUAAAGCUAUUGAUUUGGCAUUUAGAUAUAAAAAUUAUGAUGCAAUUGUUACAAUGUCACAAGAACUGAACAUAGAAGAUGAUUCAAGUUUAUUAUUAAAAUGUUCAACAUUUUUUAUGAGUCAAGGGCACUAUGACAAUGCAGUUAAUUUAUUAGCAAUGGCUAACAAAUUUGAAGAAGCUAUGGAACAAUGUCAAGAGCACAAAGUAAUUAUUACUGAAGCACUUGCAGAUCGUCUAACACCUCCAUCUGAUCAUGUAAAGCGUACAAUUAUAUUAGAGAAACUGGCUGAGUGUGCUUUAAUGCAAGCAAGCUACCAUAUAGCAGCAAAAAAAUUCACCCAGGCUGGACAGAAGAUAAAAGCCAUGAAAGCGUUAUUAAAAUCUGGAGACACCGAAAAAAUUAUAUUUUAUGCUAAUGUAUCUCGACAGCAUGAAAUUUAUAUCAUGGCUGCAAAUUAUUUACAAACACUUGAUUGGCAAGAGCGUCCAGAAUUUUUAAAAACUAUUGUAUCAUUCUAUAACAAAGGAAAGGCGCCUCAUCUUUUGGCCAAUUUCUACAUUUCUUGUGCUCAAUUAGAAGUUGAUGAGUAUCGAAACUAUAAUAAAGCAGUAGGAGCUUUAUCAGAAGCUUUAAAAGUGUUGUCUAGAGAUUGUGAUCAGUAUAAAACAUUAAUAGAAGAUAUCGCAAAAAAAAUAACUUUGGUAAAAAAAUUUCUUGAUGUUAAAAGACAAAUUGACAAUGGUGAUGGUGAUUCAGCUAUGAUAUUAUGUCGACAAAUUUUGUCAGCUCCCAAUAUGGAUAUACUUAGAUAUGGUGAUGUAUAUUCAAUGAUGAUAGAUCAUUAUACCGUUCAAGGUGAUAAUAAAAUAGCAGUUCAAUUAGUGAAUGAACUUUUAGCUCGCACACAACAAAAAGAUAAUUUACUUUUCUAUAUUGAUAAAGAAAUUCUUCAAAAAUUAGGGUUUCAAAAAGAAUCUAUUACCGAAAAUAGCAUUGAUGAAGAAGAAGAAAUUCCUGAAGUAUAAAUUAGUGUUGAGAUGUUAAUGUUAAAAUAAUGUACUUAAAAUACUAUUUAGCAUUGUAAAAACUGCAUUGUUUUACUCGCUUAUUAGUUAUUGUUAUUUAUGAUUAAAGUUCUGACAUUAUAUUGUAAAUAUUUAUAGUAAUUAUACCAACAUUAUUUUAUGUUUUUAUAAAAACUUGAAAUGAUCUCAUAAUUUAGAUCCCGGGGUCUUCAACCUUUUUAUGCAGCGGCCACAUAUUAUUUUUAAAAAUCUUAUGGGCCGUAUUCAUGGUAAUAAAAACAUUUAUUUUAUACAAAAAUUGAGUUUUAUUAUAACAAUUUUUAUGAUUAAUUUUAAAUUACAAACUAUUAUUAUAAUUAAAAGAUAUAUAGAUGCUAAAUAUCAAAUGUGAUCAUGGGCCGCACAAUAUGACAGGGGCUGUUGGUUGAAGACCCCUGAUUUAGACUGUAUCAUCAUUUAGUAUAGCUGCAUGGCAGAUAAAAAUGUAUAGAACAUGUUACUAUUAUUUUAAAAUUGUGAACUAAAUAUUUUAAAGUAAAUAUUAUAUAAUAUGUACAAUAACAAACAAUAAGCAAUAAAGCAUAGUUUGUUGAAAAUUAUUAUUAA